UCAAUUUUUGAUUGAAUCUUUAUUGGAAUAAGAUAUUACGAGAUUAUCUCUGCAUCACGAUUGGAAAAAAAGUAUCCUUUUCACACGAAUUUUGAGAACAUUGUAAGGGAAUUCGGGAAGAUGCAGUCGCGAGUGAUUGCUUUGGUUGUCACAAUCCAUUGCUGUUGAAAUGGUGCUUGGGCACCAAUUCUUCAACGACAAUUGCAGUCAAGAAUAUGCAAUCCUAUGGGAUAUGAGGAGCUUAAGGGCCCUUUAUGGCGUUGAUAAGUGGGAACAUCUAGAGGAGUUUUAUUGGAAAGCCUGCUUGAUAAUCAGCUCAUCUGGUCUCUUGUUUGUCUCCCUAUGCUACCACAUACUCCUAACUCCCAGUCAUCAGCCUGGAUUGAAAAAUGUCCCCUUCAUUUGGAUACCUUUAGUGAGAUACUUGUUUCGUCUCAGAACGUUAUCAGAUGCCCUCACCAAUAUCUAUGUUAUGAACUAUAUUCAUGGUUUCUGUAAACUCUACGAAAAAGAGAAAAUAGCUUGUAUCACUAUAUUUAACAGAACAGUGGUAUUUUUCUUCAAACCUGAGACUGCAGAGUUAGUGUUGGGAAGUUCUAAGUUCGUUAAAAAAGGUUAUGAGUAUAAAGUUUUUAAUGCACUUUUGAGGGAAGGAUUAUUUACGAGUGCAGGAGAAAAAUGGCAAACCCGAAGAAAGCUGUUGACUCAAACGUUUCACUUUAAAAUUCUGCAAGAUUUUCUUCCUGUUUUACAAGAAAAAUCUGAGACAUUAGUGUCUAAAUUGAAUUCUUACCUGGAUGAACCAUAUAUAGAAGUAGAUACAAUCAUGCAUUCUUGCAGUAUGGAUGUGAUAUUGGAAACAGCCAUGGGUAUAAAAUUCGAUGCCGAUGAUGAAGAAAUCAUUGCAUGUAUCGAUGCUGUUAAAAAAGGAGUGUCAUACUCUGUUUCAAGAAUCGUCAGGCCAUGGCUGUUGUCAGAUAUUUUAUUCUAUUUCAAUCCCCUAAAGAAGAAAACUGAAAAGAAUCACAAAAUAAUCAGAGAUUUCAUGCAAAAGGUAUUGCGGCAAAAGAAGGAUAUCAACAAGCAUCUGAGUGCAAAGAUUGACACCAGGAAUGGUUUUACUAAAAAGAAGAAACACAAAGCCUUCUUGGAUUUGCUACUUGAGUUACACAUGGAGGAUAAGACAUUCACAGAAGAAGAUAUUUUAGAGGAAGUACUGACAUUCUUCAUUGCGGGUUUUGAUACAACAGGUUCUGCCCUUAGUUAUACUUUGUACUGUAUUGGAUUGUAUGAAGACGUGCAGAGAAAUAUUCACGAAGAACUAGACACUAUAUUUGGACAGGCAGACAGGGAUGUAACUCAAAGCGAUCUCAAAGCUAUGAAAUAUCUUGAAUGCACCAUCAAGGAAACCCUCAGAUUAUAUCCUUCUGUUCCUUAUUUCUCGAGAUGCGCUUCGAAGACAUUCAAAAUUCUGGAUUGCGUAAUUCCCAAAGGAAGCUCUUUAGUGAUCUUUCCACACGUAGUACACAGGGAUCCAGACGUAUAUCCUGAUCCAGAAAAGUUCAUGCCAGAAAGAUUCUUUCCAGAGAAUUGCGCUCAAAGACAUCCAUUUUCGUAUUUACCUUUUUCUGCUGGUCCAAGAAACUGCAUUGGUCAAAAGUUUGGAUUGAUGGAAGUUAAGACAAUACUGGCGAAUAUUUUAAGAAGAUUUUCAGUCAAAUCUUUAGAUGAACGAGAUAAAAUUCUAGGAAUUUCGAGUAUUGGAGAUAAAUCUUCAGAACCCCUACGAAUGCAGUUUUUCCCUCGAGUGUGAUUGUAAGGGUGAAAAUCGUUGAAAAAAAGUAUUGUGGAGAGUAUUCUGAUUAACAUCGAAUUGUUUAAAGAUGUAUUGUUGUGUUAACUAUAAAGAAAUAGAAUUUAUUAUGUAUUUAAA